AAUGCAUUUCGCUGAUGCUUCUUUGGCGGCAGCGUGCCUUGUGCAGCUGUUCGCGCCUGUAUGGGGUUGGCCGCAACCUGAUCAACUACCACAAGACGCACUUCCGGCUUCUGCUAUUCACGACCUCGAUCAACCAGCGAUCACACCUGCUCCAUAUGCUCCAAAGGCACCAGGCGAGGCAGACGAACUUCUGGCUACGACCAACACCUUGGCAUUGGCUCCAUUGACUUCUGCACUGGUCACUGCCUCGGGCCCAGCAUCAACUCGUCUUUCGGUAUUGGCAUCCGAGAUCUCAACAGGAGCAGCCGUGAACUCGACGGCACUCAGCAUCCUGGUCUCUGAUCUGGCGAAGAACUCUUCCAUCCCACCUGCCGAGUUCUCCUCGGUCUUGAUCAGCGCGGCUACGACUUUGACACCCACUAAUGUGACUUCGGUGUUGCAAAACGCGACUGUUCUUUCGCCACUCACUUCUGCGUUGGCCACUGCUACGGGAACUGUUGCAGCUCAGCUUUCCACGCUUGUAUCUGAGAUGUCCAAAGGGGAUCCUGUGAAUUCGACUGCCCUGAGCGUCUUGGUCUCUCAGCUGUCGACCAUCUCGUCAAUCCCCACAAACAUCAUUCUCACUACACCAACAAUCAAUGCCACCGGAUUAUCAUCGAAUCUCAGUGUCAUCUCGUCAGUCUUGUCUACAGUCACCGGCCCAGUCUCAUCACAACUGUCCUCGUUGGUAUCCGCAAUCUCAACAGGCGCUUCGGUCGAUACCUCUGCUUUGAACUCUCUUGUGACUCAGCUGUCAACUGUGAAGUCGGUACCAACAAACAUCCUCUCGCCUGUGGCAAGCGCUGUCACAUCUCCUGUCUCUGUAGCCUCCUCUAUCGUAUCGUCUAUCCUCGCGGACAUUACUCGGGCGACAUCACUGAACCCUAGCAUUCUCUCAUCCAUUGCUAGCGAUAUUUCGGUCUUUCCAACGUCUGUGUUACCAAGUAGUGUAGCCGCGUCACUCCUUUCUGAUGUGAGCAUGAUUGCCACUGCGACAGAUAAGGCAAGCGCCGCAUCCUCAGUCUUGAGUCAAGCAACGGGAAGAACAUGGCCUUACUCCGUUGGAGGUGUCACAUUCAGAGUGCAGAGAAACACGAUAUACAGCGGCACCUUGCUCAAACUCAUGAGGCGCGACUUCCACAANAAAAGAUUCGCCGCUGAUACUCUCGACGGCUGCAUGAACAAUUGUGCAAACAAUACGGCCUGCUCUGGCACUGCAUACAACAAGAAUUCGAGCUCGUGUACAUAUUACAGCUCGGUCGAUCAAAGCAGUGAGAAGCAGCAGAAUGGAACCGAUUUUGCUACCGUCCAAAAUCGAAAUUCAAGCAGCAGUAGUAGCAUGCCGACGGCGGGUUCUACUGGUACGGUUUCAUCUUUAACCAUGUCGACAAGUCAUGGACCCUACUCGAACACCACUUCAUCAUCAAGUCACUCCAUGACCACAUCCGCGAAUAGUACUUCGAGUCGAUCAAUGUCCAUCACUGCCAACAGUACAUCUAGCCAUUCAAUGACUACGAGUGCAAACAGCACAUCGACGAGUCACUCAUCAGCCAUGUCUUCAAACACGACAUCAUCUGCUUCAGCUACUCCAACCAAUCAUGUCGGAGCAAGAACCUGUCUACAGAUUUCAGCAUCCGGAAACACCUUUACUGAUUCCAAUAAUGUCACAUAUGCUGUGAUCUGCGCGAUCAAGAAGAAGAUGCUCUUGGAGAUCCGUGCCCUGACACCUCGCCAGAAUGGCGACGUCGGUACCGUCCAGUCAGGCAGCUUCGAAGGUUGUGCUCCUUAUUGCGAUAGCAACACGCAGUGCAACUCUUACAGCUACAAUUCCACUAAUGGAACGUGUUACCUGAUGAGCACUACAAAUGUAUCUCAACCUGUUACUGGAUUGGACUAUGCAUACAAGGUCCAGAGUCAAACUUCUUCCAGUUCAACGUCGACAGCUUCGAGUACUUCUAGCAGUUCCAGCACUUCUAGCAGUUCCAGCAGUUCCAGCAGUUCCAGCACUUCGAGCACUUCGUCGUCAUCAACCUCUGAUUUUGUUCCCGAUGGCUACUCCAUCUCGAAAACUACAAUCUGUGUCCAUCAACCACUUCGUCGUCUUUUUUUAUCCGUGAGUAGCUCGAGCGCCAGCUCGAGCAUCCCGUCGCCUAGCACCACGACAUCCUCUUCGUCUCCGUCGCCAUCUUCAACAACUACUAGUUCAUUCUCUCCUCCACCUUCUACAAGCGUGUCCACUGUGACCGCACCUGGAAGUACUGUUGUUAGUGUUUCCACUGCGCCCGGAAGUACAGUCGUCAGUGUCUCCACCGCUUCUGGAAACACAGUCACCAGUGUUUCUACGAUGACCGCUUCGCCUCCACCACCCUCGUCAACAAGCUCAUCUUCGAUUACGUCAGCCUCAGCUCAAGCGAGAAUCGCAACUCAAGUCCGAGUGGUGGCACCUGGAACCAGAACUGUCAACAGCGCGGCUCCCAGCGUUGCAACAGUGGUCUCGCAGCAGACCCAAGGUGCCGUAGUCACAUCUUACUCUGUUGUUCCUGGCGGUAGUACAGUCACCAUCCUCAAUACAGCAACCAGCGUGAGCUCCGUCUUCACGUCGACCAGAACAGUAGGCUCUGUGAGGCGCUCAACUGUCACUAGAGCUCAAAGCUCACAACCCUCUGUCAUAACCGUUGGCGCAGUCACUGUGACUUCCGAUGUCGUUGUUCCUAGCGGUUAUACUACGGUCACUACAUCUGGCGGUACAAGCACGGUCACCCAGACGACUGAGAGAACCGUGGCUACAGGUGUGGCUACUGUGGUCAGCAUGUCUACGGUCACUGUCGCUACUAUCGCAAGCAGCGGCUCGUCGACUGUGACGUCUGGGAUCAGUACUGUUUAUAUGAACGCGGCUCCCGUGAGCUUCAUGGCGAUCUGGCACAGAGAUGAGAAGCCCACGAAGGAGAAGAAGGUUAGAGAA